AUGGGCGGCGGGGACCUCAACACGAAGAAGUCUUGGCAUCCGCACCUACGUAAGAACCAAGAACGAGUAUGGAAGGAAGAGCAGAACGCUUUGGAGGAGCGCAAGCUCAUUGAAAAGCUACGCAAGGAGCGUGAGGAGGAGCGCCAAAUUGAAGAACUGCAGCGCCUUGCGGAAGCAAAUGGAGGCAAAGUGGCUGUAAAGCGCGUAGACUGGCUUUACAGUGGCCCAAGCGGGGAUGGUGCAGCAGUAACAGAAGAGCGCGAGGGCUACCUCCUUGGAAAGAGGCGUAUCGAUGGUCUACUUAAGGGCAACGACUCGCAAGCCUUGCAGAAGGGUGCUGCUGUCGGCAUCGAUGCGGUCGGCAACGGAAAUGCGAACUCUACGCGCGACACACAGAAGAAGGUGCUGCAGGACCCCCUGCUCAUGAUUCAGAAACAAAAGAUGGAGAUGCAGCUCAAGGCCAUGAAGGAUGCGCAAAAGCAGAAACAGUAUGAUGAGAAGCGAGCGAAGGAGAAGGAGCGCGAGAGGAAGCACAAACACAGAAAUGGCCAUCGUGAUCGCGAUCGCUCGCGCUCAGCUGACGAAGAUCGGGAAAGGCGGCGGCACCACCGUCGCGACCGCUCACGCUCAGCAUCUAACGACCGCGAUGAUCGUGAGAGGCGACACCGCAGACAUCGACGAGACGACCGGGCCGACAGCCGCCGACGGUCGCGUUCAAGGUCGCCACGCCGUCGCGAUGAUGAUCGAGAGAGGCGUCAGCGCUCACGUUCAAGGUCCCCUUACCGGAAGAGCCACCGCGAUGACUACCGCGAACGGGAAAGGGACAGUUACCGGAGGCGAGAUCGGGCACCUCCGUCUCGCGAGGAGCCUGAAGAGAACGGACACCGCGAACGAGACAGCUACCGUCAGCGCGAACCACCUCCGCCGAGGGAGAACAUACAUCAACAGCGAGCACAAGAGCCAACACCUCCACCCAAACCGGACAUGGCUGCGCGUCUAGCUGAAAUGCAAGUCGCGGCAUCAUCACUGGAAGAGCAGCGCGAAGAGCGCGUGCGGUUGCGCGAGGCUGAAGAUGCUGCUACAGAGGACAAACAUAAGAACAACAGUGACGGCCAAAAGCGCUUCAUUGCUGGUUUCCGAAGCAAGGCCGCUGAGGCAGAUCUCGGCGAUGCUAUCUCUCGCGGCCGGCAGGGUUUCAGAAGCUCGGUGGACGCAUAA